AUGGAGGUCUUCUUCGUGGAUGACCCAUCUACUAAACAUCGCGAAAAAGCGCGCUCUUUUGUAGCCAAGAAUGCGAUCAGGAGGCGAGUCAAGGAACAGGAAGCGGCAAAGAAUGGUUCCGUCAAAUCUACAUGGACUGUCGACAGACCCAGAAAUAAGCCCAAACACCACGUCAGUCGUGAAGAAACUCCAGAACUGAGCUUGCAACUACUAAGACAGUUACCGGUAUCGCUUAGCAAUGAUGUGGCCAUCAACAACAACAACGCGCCCCGGAAAAUGAGGGGCAUAUGGGGUGUGAGCAACACAAUCUGCCCAAACCCAGGACAAGCAGCUCAUAGCGCAUUUCGAACAAGCAAUGUCGCACCCUUCAUCCAGGCAGCUACCAAUAUGUUCAACAAGGCCAAAUUUGGCAAGUUCAACAGCCCCGAAGAGCAGAAUAAACUGCAUAUCAUGGCUCUAACAUAUCGAGGAGAAGCAAUGAAAAUAGCCCGACAGCAACUAUCUAUCACUACGAAGGAUUCUGGGCAGGGUACUGACUUGACUCAUACCCGUCAACGGGAUUUGAGGGCAGAAUCUCAUUUUCUUAUUAUUUUACAACUUGUCUUGAUGGAUUAUACCUUCUUUCCGACCCAGGCUCGGGCUCAUUUUGCGGCUAGCAGGGAAUUUAUACGCUCAUGGGCGGCUGACUCGCAAGGGACUUCCGAUCCUAUCAGCAGAAUUCCGACUUUUAUUCACAAUCAUUCAAUAACCCAGAUCGCGGUCGCCUUUGAUAAUGCGCACCUGGGGCCGGAUAGUCUGAUUUGGGAUCGAAGCGAUCUGCCCGAAUUGCAAAAGACACUGCAGAGGUUUGUGGCGAGAUUGUCAGAGGCUGGUUCCUUGACAACAAACACGAUAUACAAGCGACGGAUUGAUCCAGGAAGCUUGAUCUGGCAGUGCCUAACGAAAACACCGGGAUCUAUCCUAUACGAUCGGGGAAACUAUCUUUCAGAGUCUCAAGGGCAAAUGGCAGCUAUCAUGCUCAUUUGUUCGAUUUUCAUGGACUACGACCCUGCUUCGAGUAUUCCACAGCAAUGUUUGUCUGAUCUGGAGAGCGCCAUGAUCUCUGUCGGUGACGAGGCUCUUGUGAGUGUGCUCAAUUUAGCGUGGAUGAUGGCAGGAGGCAUCGGGUUGCCGAUUGAGAACCGGCGACAGCGGCUUUACGCAAUAUCGGGGAUGCUAUAUGUGUUUCGGAGACAGCAACAUCCUCUCGACAACGACGCGGACCUAUCAAAUCGAGUGGACAACCAGUGCGAGUUCACCGAGGACGAAGUGAGGAAUGCAUGCCUCAACUUCCUUGCUGCAAGUGUGGAUUGA